AUGUAUCUUGUGUCUUCACCAGUGGAAGAAGAAAAUAAUCUAGUCAUGAAGGUUGCUGUGAUUGGAGCAGGAGUCAGUGGAUUAACUGCUAUAAAGUGUUGCAUAGACGAAGGACUAGAACCAAUAUGCUUUGAAAGAACAGAUGAUAUAGGUGGACUAUGGAGGUAUUCAGAUAAGGUCACAGAAGGCCAGGCAUGCGUGAUGAAGUCUACCAUCACUAACACAAGUAAAGAAAUGAUGUGCUUUAGUGACUUCCCAAUGCCAGCAGAAUAUCCAAUGUAUAUGCACAAUAGUUAUGUGCAAAAGUAUUUACAUUUGUAUGCUGAAAAAUUCAGUCUUCGGGAAUAUAUACAAUUUGAAACAGAGAUAUUGAGAGUUAUGAAAAAGGACGAUUUUGAACAGACUGGUCAGUGGGUUAUCCAACUGAAAGACAAGAAAACUGAUAAAGUGAAGGAAAACAUAUUUGAUGCUGUUCUUGUUUGCACUGGUCGUAAUAGUGAAAAGUAUGUUCCUAAUUUCCCAGGUUUAUCAAACUUCAAAGGAGAAGUUGUUCACAGCCACGACUACAGAAAGCCAACUGGGUAUGAAGGGAAAAGAGUACUUGUCAUUGGAAUAGGAAAUACAGGAUCGGAAAUAGCUGUAGAACUUAGCGCAAUUGCUUCACAGGUUUUUCUAAGUACCGGCCGUGGAACUUGGGUAUUUUCCAGAAUAACAGACUAUGGUAUGCCUAUCGAUAUGACAUCUCUCAAAAGGAUUAUGAUGAAACUGAAAAAAAUAUUACCACAGUCGCUAAUUGAAAACUUGGUAGAGAAAAAAGCAAAUGCAAGGUUUGAUCAUACAACUUAUUGUCUUCGACCAAAGCACCGUGUCUUUGCUCAUAGUCCAACUAUAAAUGAUGAAAUACCAAACCGAUUGGCAUUGGGGACAUUGAGGGUAAAAACGGGGGUCAGAACGUUUACUGAAAAUGGUUUAAUCUUUGACGAUAACACAGUGGAAGAAAACAUCGAUGUUGUUGUCUUGGCAACAGGGUAUACAUUCAAAUUUCCUUUUUUGGACAAAUCUGUGACUGAGGUCAGAGAAAAUCAUGUAGAUGAACUGUACAAGUACAUUUUCCCACCAAAACUGGAGAAGUCAACUUUGGGUAUAAUCGGAUGCGCACAUGUAUUUGGACCAAGUAUGCCAGUACUUGAGAUGCAGUGUAGACUGUCCACGCUUGUUUUUCAGGGAAAAGUAAAUCUUCCGUGCUGUCAUGAUAUGAUGUUAGAUAUUAAAUCGAAACAAGAGGUACUGAAAGAAAAAUAUGUAAAAUUACAUAAACACACAGUAACUGUCGAAUAUAUAGAGUAUAUGGAUGAACUUGCUACAUUAAAUGGAUGUCGACCUGAUUUUGGGUCAUUAUUUUGGUCAGACCCGAAACUGGCCUUAAACUGCUAUUUUGGGCCUUGUACACCAUACCAAUACAGACUACACGGACCUGGGAAAUGGGAUGGUGCAAGAAAGGCGAUAUUGACGCAGUGGGAAAGAACAUUAGGACCCCUUAAAACAAGACCAUUAGGAUUUAUAGAACAACCUUCACAGAAGAACAUCUUACUAUUCUCUUUUGUUUUUGUUGUAACUAUUUGUUAUUUACUACAAGCUUUAUUUUUCUAA